AUGAUUCCUCACACCACACUCUUCCUUUCUCUUUUAUUCAUCUUCACCUCAAACCUUGCACAAUCAAAACCCUCCAUCAACGUAACCCCAACAACUUUAUCCAAAUCCGGCGACACCGUCGAAAUACGGUGGUCCGGUAUUCAAUCCCCGUCGGAGCUAGACUGGGUAGGAAUCUACUCACCACCAACCUCCUUCCACGACAAUUUCAUCGGUUACCUCUUCCUCUCCAAAUCACCAACAUGGCAAAACGGUUCCGGCUCCCUUUCUCUCCCGCUCGUCAACCUCCGAUCGAAUUACUCCUUCCGAUUAUUCCGAUGGACUCAAUCCGAAAUCAACCCUAAGCGUCAAGAUCACGACCGUAACCCUAUACCGCAGACGCGUAACCUUCUCGGUUUCUCUCAAGAGGUUUCGUUUGCUUCCAGUAAGGGACCGGAGCAGAUUCAUCUGGCUUUCGCGGAUGAAGAGGAUGCUAUGAGAGUUAUGUACGUGACGAGGGAGCCGGAGGCGAGUUUCGUUAGGUAUGGGGAGAGGGAGGAUAAGCUGGAUGGUGUGGUUGGGGCGGAUGUGAAGAGGUAUGCGAGGGAGCAUAUGUGUGAUGCUCCGGCGAAUCAAAGCAUUGGUUGGAGGGAUCCUGGUUAUAUACAUGAUGCAUUGAUCAGUGGUUUGAGCAAAGGAAAAAGAUACUACUAUAAGGUUGGAAAUGACAAUGGAGGUUGGAGUGCAACUCAUAGCUUUGUGUCGAGGAAUAGUGAUUCAAAUGAAACAAUAGCUUUCCUUUUUGGUGACAUGGGAACAGCUACGCCAUACAAUACAUUUGUGCGUACACAAGACGAAAGCAUAUCAACCAUGAAGUGGAUCCUCCGUGACGUUGAAGCUCUAGGAAACAAGCCUGCCUUUGUGUCACACAUCGGAGACAUCAGUUAUGCAAGAGGUUAUGCGUGGUUGUGGGACCAUUUUUUUGCGCAGAUUGAACCUGUUGCAACGAAAUUGGCAUACCAUGUAUGCAUUGGCAAUCAUGAGUAUAACUGGCCUUUACAGCCAUGGAAACCUGAUUGGGCUGGUUAUGGAAAAGAUGGGGGUGGUGAAUGUGGUGUACCCUAUAGUUUAAGGUUCAACAUGCCUGGAAACUCUUCAGAACCCACUGGAACUGUAGCUCCAGCAACUCGGAAUCUUUAUUACUCAUUUGAUAUGGGAGCAGUACAUUUUGUGUAUAUAUCCACAGAGACCAAUUUCCUUCCUGGGGGAAACCAGUAUAACUUCUUAAAACAUGAUUUAGAAUCAGUUGAUAGGAACAGGACUCCUUUUAUAGUAGUCCAAGGGCACCGACCCAUGUACACAACAAGCAAUGAAAUUAGGGAUGCUGCAUUAAGAGGAAAGAUGAUUGAGCACCUGGAACCUCUGUUGGUGAAUAACAAUGUGACUCUGGCACUUUGGGGUCAUGUUCAUAGAUACGAGAAAUUUUGUCCGCUGAAUAACUACACUUGUGGAAGUCAUGUAGGCCGGAAAGCAGGGGAAAAAGAAGGAUAUACUGUUCAUCUUGUGAUUGGCAUGGCAGGGCAAGACUGGCAACCCAUCUGGGAACCAAGACCAAAUCAUCCCGAUCUUCCAAUCUAUCCACAACCAAAACGAUCUCUGUACCGUGCGGGUGAGUUUGGGUAUAUUAGACUGGUAGCUACAAAGCAGAAGCUUGUGAUUUCUUAUGUUGGAAACCAUGAUGGCGAGGUGCAUGACACAAUGGAAAUUCUGGAAUCUGGAGAAGUUGUCAGUGGUUAUGGUAAUGGUGGUAUUGCUACUGUUAAGCCUGAAGGCCGGAUUGAAGAAUCCACAUUGUCAUGGUAUGUCCAAGGAGGAAGUGUACUGGUGCUCGGGGCCUUCCUGGGAUACAUUCUUGGUUUCAUUUCACAUGCCAGGAAGAAGCCGGAGUCCAUGACUGGUUUUUCUCCCGUGAAGACUGAGGAAACAUAA